CCAUCCCCCCUACCUAUCCCCACUCCUGUCCCCCGUCCACUCCGCCGCCGCCGCCGCCGCCGCGAAUUCCGCCCGCGUCCACCGCCGCGCGUCGCCCCGGCGGACUCCAGGACCUCCGGAUCGGAGCCCCGCGCCUCGCCAUGGCGGUCGCCGCGCUCAAGGUGCAGCUGAACGCGCUCCUCUCCAACAUGUUCGCCACGGGUAUGGUGGACGAGCAGUUCCAGCAGCUGCAGUCGCUGGAGGAGGGGGGCACCGCGUCGGGCUUCGUCGCCGAGGUCGCCACCCUCUUCAUCGAAGACGCCGACCGGAUCAUCGCCGACAUCGCCGCCCUGCUGGACCAGCCGGUGGUGGAUUUUGACAAGGUGGACGCCCACGUGCACCAGCUCAAGGGGAGCAGCUCGAGUGUUGGUGCUCAGAAAGUGAAGCUCGCCUGCAUGCACUUCCGCCAGUUCUAUGAGGCAAAAAGCAAAGAAGGGUGCCUCAUGGCGCUGGCUCUUGUUAGGAGCGAGUUCUGUGAUGUGCGCAACAAGUUCCAGACCAUGAUGCAGCUGGAGCAGCAGAUCGAGGCGUGCAGUCCCAAGUAGAGUAGCAGUAACCGAAGCAAAAGGAGCUUAGCUCCCUCCGUGUGACCCCUGACAUAUGUGGGGGGCAGUGUGUAUGUAUCUCUGAAGCUUGUAGGCAGUGUAACGGGCGUCGGGGGCUUUGGAGGGCGUGUGCGCGGAACCGGGCCGACCGAUUCCCGCGGCGGAACUCCGGGCUCGCGACCCCCUUGAAACGGAACUUGCUUGUACCGUGUCAACGCUAUACCUGUUUGUGUUGUGCCCGCCCUCAGGCUGCGUGUAAACUCUUGCUGGUGACUUGGGUUUUGUUGUUGUAUGUUGUUGGGGGUCUCUUGAA